UCAUUCUCUCGAAAUGAGUCUGUCCUGGCAACCCUGCUUGAAAGCGCGCUGUGUGUAUAGCAGGCUGCUUUUCACCGGAGCACGGAUGAAACUACGGACGGAGCGGAGAGAAUUUGGACCGCGAAGAGAACAAGAUCCAACGUUGAACUGAUUUGAUAAGUGUCAGAUAUUAAAUUAGUGGGUAGCCAUUAGUUAGUUUUUUAAUCCCUUGAUAAGUGAACGCUAGUCUCGGACAUUCCCAUCGUUUGCCUGCAUUGAUGAACACAAGACUUGACUUCACCCUGUCUCUUAUGAAUAUUGAAUUCGCGGUAUGAAUUGUUUACAUCUGAUAGUUUGAUGGGGCUUUUAAGGAUUAUGAUGCCUCCCAAGUUACAGCUUUUGUCUAUUUUGGUUUUUGGAGUGUCGAUGCUCUUCAUUGAAAACCAAAUCCAGAAAUUGGAGGAGUCGCGGGCAAAACUGGAGCGUACCAUCGCCAGACACGAGGUGAGGGAGGUGGAGCAGCGCCACACCCAAGAUGGCGUACGGGACACGCCGCCGCUGGCUGAGGCAGAGGACGUGGUUAUCAUAUAUAACAGAGUGCCCAAGACGGCGAGCACGUCGUUCACCAACAUCGCCUACGACCUUUGUGGAAAGAACCACUUCCACGUUUUGCACAUCAACACCACCAAGAACAAUCCUGUCAUGUCCUUACAAGACCAGGUGCGCUUUGUCCGAAACGUGACGUCCUGGAGAGCGAUGAAGCCUGGGUUCUACCACGGACAUGUGGCUUUCCUCGACUUCUCCAAGUAUGGGGUGAUUGGUAAACCCGUUUACAUCAACGUGGUCCGGGACCCCAUCCAACGCCUCGUAUCAUACUACUACUUCCUGAGGUUUGGUGAUGACUACAGGCCUGGCCUUCGACGGAGAAAACAAGGUGACAAAAAGACCUUUGAUGAGUGUGUGUCAGCAGGUGGUUCUGACUGUGCCUCUGAGAAGCUUUGGCUCCAGAUCCCGUUCUUCUGCGGACACUACUCAGAGUGCUGGAAUGUAGGCAGCAGGUGGGCCCUGGAUCAGGCCAAGUAUAACCUGCUGAAUGAAUAUCUACUAGUCGGGGUGACAGAGGAGCUGGAGGACUUUAUCAUGAUACUGGAGGCAGCCCUGCCACGCUUCUUCAAGGGUGCCACAGGCCUCUACAAAACAGGUAAGAAGUCCCACCUGCGUAAGACCACAGAGAAGAAGCCACCGACCAAGGAGUCCAUCGCCAAGCUGCAACAGUCCGACGUCUGGAAGAUGGAGAACGAGUUCUACGAGUUUGCCCAGGAGCAGUUCCAAUUUGUCAGAGCCCACGCCGUCCGGGAGAAGGACGGGGAACUCUACCUGCUGGCACAGAACUUCUUCUAUGAGAAAAUCUACCCCAAAGUGAACUAGGGUGGAACUGGGUUAACAUCAGGCCAGGUGGAUGGUGAUGAGGUCUGGGUUAACAUCAGGCCAGGGGGGGAUGUUGAUGAGGUCUGGGUUAACAUCAGGCCAGGGGGGAUGGUGAUGAGGUCUGGGUUAACAUCAGGCCAGGGGGGGAUGUUGAUGAGGUCUGGGUUAACAUCAGGCCAGGGGGGAUGGUGAUGAGGUCUGGGUUAACAUCAGGCCAGGUGGAUGGUGAUGAGGUCUGGGUUAACAUCAGGCCAGGGGGGGAUGUUGAUGAGGUCUGGGUUAACAUCAGGCCAGGGGGAUGUUGAUGAGGUCUGUGUUAUCAGGCCAGGGGGGAUGUUGAUGAGGUCUGGGUUAACAUCAGGCCAGGUGGAUGUUGAUGAGGUCUGGGUUAACAUCAGGCCAGGGGGAUGUAGAUGAGGUCUGUGUUAUCAGGCCAGGGGGAUGUAGAUGAGGUCUGUGUUAUCAGGCCAGGGGGAUGUUGAUGAGGUCAUACACUCUACUCUGUGCUAGUUCAGACGGCAGAGCCUGACCACUAUUCACCCUGUUACACACGUUACAGAAUGCCAUCAUAACAAUAACUGUGUCUGACGUGUGGAUGGGGACCUACUGUGUAGCUGUACUGUGUCUGGGGGGAAAGGGGAUACUGUGCUGGUUUCAUUGGUUCCUUGUUCUUCACUGUAGUUGUUGACUUCUACAAGACUUCUAAAUUUGAACAGGUCUCAAAUCCAACAUGGUGUCCUGUACUUCUCUGCAGCUGGCCACUUCUACAGGUUAUUGAAGCCAGAUCCAACAUGGUGUCCUGUACUUCUCUGUAGCUGGCCACUUCUACAGGUUAUUUAAGCCAGAUCCAACAUGGUGUCCUGUACUUCUCUGUAGCUGACCACUUCUACAGGUUAUUGAGGCCAGAUCCAACAUGGUGUCCUGUACUUCUCUGUAGCUGGCCACUUCUACAGGUUAUUGAAGCCAGAUCCAACAUGGUGUCCUGUACUUCUCUGUAGCUGGCCAGUUCUACAGGUUAUUGAAGCCAGAUCCAACAUGGUGUCCUGUACUUCUCUGUAGCUGGCCACUUCUACAGGUUAUUUAAGCCAGAUCCAACAUGGUGUCCUGUACUUCUCUGUAGCUGACCACUUCUACAGGUUAUUGAGGCCAGAUCCAACAUGGUGUCCUGUACUUCUCUGUAGCUGGCCACUUCUACAGGUUAUUGAAGCCAGAUCCAACAUGGUGUCCUGUACUUCUCUGUAGCUGGUCACUUCUUCUACAGGUUAUUGAAGCCAGAUCCAACAUGGUGUCCUGUACUUCUCUGUAGCUGGCCACUUCUACAGGUUAUUGAAGCCAGAUCCAACAUGGUGUCCUGUACUUCUCUGUAGCUGGUCACUUCUUCUACAGGUUAUUGAAGCCAGAUCCAACAUCUGACCUGCGUGUAUCUACACGCAGGUCAGAGGUCAAUAAGCCCCCCCCUCCACUGGGGACCUGCCUUGUGGUCUUCAAGCUCCAACUCAAAAUGGCUGCCCACAACCACAUCAGACGAUGUCCAGCAAAAGAUUUUGUAUAUUUUACGUUUAGUUUUUUUAAAAUUAAAUCAAACAACAUAUGAGAAGGUCAAUUCAAAAGAAAACAGGAGUAUGUCAGAAAUUGGGACGUUUGAUCUGUUGAACAAAACGUCAGAUCAAAGUGUCAGAAGGACAGUUUGCUGGCUCGUGUCAGAAGGACAGUUUGCUGGCUCGUGUCAGAAGGACAGUUUGCUGGCUCGUGCCAGAAGGACAGUUUGCUGGCUCGUGCCAGAAGGACAGUUUGCUGGCUCGUGCCAGAAGGACAGUUUGCUGGCUCGUGCCUAAGCUGGGUGGCUGUGAAAGGGAGGUAAUGUAACAAGGAGGAAAGGGUGAUGCCGGGUGGCUUCAGCUCGGUGUGAUGCCGGGUGACUUCAGCUCGGUGUGAUGCCGGGUGGCUUCAGCUCGAUGUGAUGCCGGGUGGCUUCAGCUCGGUGUGAUGUUGCUAGCACUGUCAGUGGCUUCAGCUCGGUGUGAUGUUGCUAGCACUGUCAGUGGCUUCAGCUCGGUGUGAUGUUGCUAGCACUGUCAGUGGCUUCAGCUCGGUGUGAUGCCGCUAGCACUGUGUGUUAAGGGCUGUUCAUCUACAUUGUGUGUGUACAGUCGUGGCCAAAAGUUGAGAAUGACACACAUUAAUUUUCAUUCUGCUGCCUCAGUUUGUAUGAUGGCAAUUUGCAUAUACUCCAGAAUGUUAAGGAGAGUGAUCAGGUGAAUUGCAAUUAAUUGCAAAGUCCCUCUUUGCCAUGCAAAUGAACUGAAUCACCCAAAAACAUUUCCACUGCAUUUCAGCCCUGCCACAAAAGGACCAGCUGACAUCAUGUCAGUGAUUCUCUCGUUAACACAGGUGUGAGUGUUGAUGAGGACAAGGCUGGAGAUCACUCUGUCAUGUUGAUUGAGUUUGAAUAACGGAUUGGAAGCUUCAAAAGGAGGGUGGUGCUUGGAAUUAUUGUUCUUCCUCUGUCAACCAUGGUUACCUGCAAGGAAACGCGUGCUGUCAUCAUUGCUUUGUACAAAAACGGCCUCACAGGCAAGGAUAUUGCUGCCAGUAAGAUUGCACCUAAAUCAACCAUUUAUUGGAUCAUCAAGAACUUCAAGGAGAGCGGUUCAAUUGUUGUGAAGAAGGCUUCAGGGUGCCCAAGAAAGUCCAGCAAGCGCCAGGACCGUCUCCUAAAGUUGAUUCACCUGUGGGAUCAGGGCACCACCAGUACAGAGCUUGCUCAGGAAUGGCAGCAGGCAGGUGUGAGUGCAUCUGCACGCACAGUGAGGUGAAGACUUUUGGAGGAUGGCCUGGUGUCAAGAAGGGCAGCAAAGAAGCCACUUCUAUCCAGGAAAAACAUCAGUAACAGACUGAUAUUCUGCAAAAGGUACAGGGAUUGGACUGCUGAGGACCUGGGUCAAGUCAUUUUCUCUGAUCCCGUUUCUGAUUGUUUGGGGCAUCCGGCUAAAAGCUAGUCCGGAGAAGACAAGGUCAGCGCUAUCAUCAGUCCUCUGUCAUGCCAACAGUAAAGCAUCCUGAGACCAUUCAUGUGUGGGGUUGCUUCUCAGCCAAGGGAGUGGGCUCACUCACAAUUUUGCCUAUGAACACAGCCAUGAAUAAAGAAUGGUACCAACACAUCCUCCAAGAGCAACUUCUCCCAACCAUCCCGGAACAGUUUGGUGACAAACCAUUUCUUUUCCAGCAUGAUGGAGCACCUUGCCAUAAGGCAAAAGCGAUAACUAAGUGGCUCGGGGAAUAAAACAUCGAUAUUUUGGGUCCAUGGCCAGGAAACUCCCCAGACCUUAAUCCCAUUGAGAACUUGUGGUCAAUCCUCAAGAGACGGAUGGACAAACAACGAACCCACAAAUUCUGACAAACUCCAAGCAUUGAUUAUGCAAGAAUGGGCUGCCAUCAGUCAGGAUGUGGUCCAGAAGUUAAUUGACAGCAUGCCAGGGCGGAUUGCAGAGGUCUUGAAAAAGAAGGGUCAACACUGCAAAUAUUGACUCUUUGCAUUAACUUCAUGUAAUUGUCAAUAAAAGCCUUUGACACUUAUGAAAUGCUUGUAAUUAUACUUCAGUAUUCCAUAGUAACAUCUGACAAAAAUAUCUAAACACAACUGAAACAGCAAACUUUGUGGAAAUUAAUAUUUGUGUCAUUCUCACAACUUUUGGCCACGAUUUGUAUAUUUUAGAUCCACUGUUAGCAGUUUACAGAGUAAACACAUGAAACCACAGUACACAGUGUAUUUACACACUACAUAUCUGAUGUACUGGACCAAUUGUUUGGUAAGACUUCUGUGAACAUUGUACCUUUUUUUCGGUGUGUCUUUUAACAUCUAGUUAAUUUGUAGCCCACUAAGAAUUUUUUUUAUCCGAUUUGAUUUAUUUAAAAAAAAAUUGAUUUAUUUUUUAAAUAAAUAAAAAUCUUCGUUCUAUUACUAUCGACCUGAAGUUCCUCCCACUUCGUUCUAUUACUAUCGACCUGAAGUUCCUCCCACUUCGUUCUAUUACUAUCGACCUGAAGUUCCUCCCACUUCGUUCUAUUACUAUCGACCUGAAGUUCCUCCCACUUCGUUCUAUUACUAUCGACCUGAAGUUCCUCCCAUUUUUUUUUUUAACCAGCACAACAUUCCAAACGUGUUUCAUUCAUCAGUUUGUUGGAGUUGUCCGGAUAACGAACUUGUCUUUAGCACAAAGUUUUAGUGUGUGAAUGCAGCAGCAUUUUGUCACUGACUCAACAGUGGGUGUGUGUGUGAUCAACGUUGACCAGAAAUAAUACUUUUGUUGUUGUUAUUGUUGUUAUUAUUUUUUUACCCCAGCCAGUCCCAAAUGGCGCUCUACCCCUCUCCCUUGGCCCUACCCCUUUUUGUGUUUGCAGAUCAGAAAGGUCUGGUAUAAGGUCUGGUAUUCCACCGUGUUUGCAUACACCGUACAAAUGUACAGAUGUGGUUUGGCACCGCGGGGGAAGGUGCAAAUCGGGACCGCCGAGUCACAUGGUUUAUGCCUAAGAAUGGUAUUUAUUUUUUUGGUAACAGGGUCACGCUCGUUAGGUAGCGAGCUACGCUAAGAAGAAAAACGCAUCAGAGGCUUGAUAGUGCCUUCAUCAUCAUAUCAUUAUUUUUAUUUCCCAAAUUACACCCUAUUCCCUGUUUAGUGCACUACAGUUCACCACUGUCCUAUGGGGCCCUGGUAAAAAAAAAGAAGUGCACUACAUAGGGAAUAGGGUGCGAUUUGGGAUGCAUCUUUAUACAAGACUCCUAAGCCACUUUUUGAUAUUUUCCCCUUCACUUAUUUUUCUGAAUGUUGUGCUCGUUCAUUUGACACAAUUAUCUGUUCUGCCAGUAUACCACUUUUUUUUCAAUUUUUUUCAUAUCAAUUUCUUAUUGUAAACAACCUAAAACAUUUAAAAAUAAAUACUGAACUGUUUCACAGUC